AUGUCGACGAAGGAGAUCGAGCGUGCCCGCAUCAUCCCUGAUGUCGUGGACGGCCUCGCGCACUCCAAGGUUCAGAUCAGCGCAUCUUUUGGUUCCAUCCCGGUAGUUCUCGGCGAGCACAUCGCCCCCAAAGAUUCUAGCAGCAAGCCCACGGUGACGAUCUCGGGCACGGACGAUCAUGCGCUAUACACCCUGAUCGUGACUGACCCGGACGCACCCGAUCCGGCCAACCCAACCAGGGGCGAGUAUGUCCACUGGAUCAUCACCAACAUCUCCAAGGGCGACAUCAGCACCGGCAAGGAGAUCCUGUCAUACCAGGGCCCCGCACCACCAAUCGGGGUGCACCGCUACAUCUUCCUGCUGUACAAGCAAGCCAGUGAGAUCAGCUACGAGGCACCCGGGGCUCGCUUCCACUACAAGGUCAGGCAGGUGGCCGACAAGUAUGAGCUGGGCGACCCCGAGGCAAUCAUCUACUUUGUGAGCUCCAAGUGA